UCCGUAGAAAUGUGAGAGACAAGAGUUGGCAGUGAAAGCUGCAAAAGCAGCAGUAGCUAGCAAUAGCAUUAGCAACAACCGAACAGAACCAUUCAUUACUUUUAUUGUAUCCAUCUUCACUGCAAGAUUCUCUAUUCCAUUUCAUUUCUUCCUAUUCUUCAUGCUUCCAAAUUCUUAGCAAUGAACAAGAAUAGGUUCCCAUUUACACCAUCACAAUGGCAAGAACUUGAACAUCAAGCUCUUGUUUACAAGUACAUGGCUUCUGGUAUCUCUAUUCCACCUGAUCUUCUUUUCACUAUUAGAAGAAGCUUUUUCGAUUCUCCUCUCAUCUCUUCAACUCUUUUGCCUAACCAAACACAACAACAACAUUUUGGAUGGAACUAUCUUCAAAUGGGUAUAGGAAGAAAAAUAGAUCCUGAACCAGGUAGAUGCAGAAGAACAGAUGGAAAAAAAUGGAGAUGCUCAAAAGAAGCAUAUCAAGAUUCUAAAUACUGUGAAAGACACAUGCAUAGAGGAAAAAACCGUUCAAGAAAGCCUGUGGAAGUUUUCAAAACAACAACAACAAAUGCAAAUGCAAAUGCAAAUGCAAAUGCAAAUAAUCCUUCAACUCUUACAUCUAAUAAUUCUUCUUUGUCCUUUGAUACACAACAACACCAUCAUCAUUCUCAUUUGCAACAUUCCUUUCUUUAUCAUCAUCCAUCAUCAAAGUCCUCAUCAUCAACUGCUAUUGUUUUGUCAUCAUAUGAAGAUAAUAGUGCUCCCUUGUUUCUUGAUACUAAUUCUUGCUCUCAUAAUAACACAGAUUACAGGAACAGGUAUGUGUAUGGAGAGAAAGAAGAUGUAGAUGAGUAUGCUUUCUUCAAAGAACCUUCUGGAAGUAGUACUAUGAAAAGCUUCUCUACUUCUUCUAUGGAUCGUGAUUCUUGGCAACUAACACCACUCACUAUGAGUUCUUCAUCUUCUUCGUCGUCUUCGAGACUGAGGAGUUUUUCUUCUUUGUCCAAUGAUUACUCUUGCUUGCAACUUCAGAGUCUCAGUGAACAAUCAAAACAGCAAGAACAAGAAAAAGAACCUCAGAAAACUGUCCAUAGAUUCUUUGAUGAAUGGCCACACAAAGGGAGAGAACAAUGGCUUCAUGAUUUGGAUGAUAAAUCUUCCACUACCCAACUCUCAAUUUCUAUUCCCUCCUCUGCUCAUGAUUUUCCAACUUUCACUUCUAGCACACACCAUGAUGAUUGAGGAAAGUUUUGAAUAUUGUGUUCGUGUACCUGAAUCAAAGGCCAAUGAUGUAUCUACAAGGUUGUAUUCAGAAGCUUUGAAGACUCCUCUCUUUUUUUAAUUUAUCUGUCAAAAGGAUGUUGCAAUGGAUUUGUAUCUCUAUGAGGAGAUCUAAUGACAAUCUCAACUGCUGUGUGUUAAUAUAUUUUCUUUGUUCAGUCGUUAGUUUGUUACUUCUAAAAAUAGUAUGAAACUCUCUCUGUGACACUACACCUAAGUUUAAUGGUUGGACUAAUAUUCACUGGCACA